CACGUGACAUGAACUUCUACAGUUAUUUUUUCAGGCAUGAUGGCGCCAAAUGACAGUAUCCUAUUUUAUUUCAAUGUUUUUAUGUGUUUGUGGAAUGAAACCUCAUGUGGAUUAAGUGAAUGAUUUUUCAAAGAAUUUUUCAGUACGAUAAGAUUAUAAAUCAAUCGAUAGGAUAAGUGGAUGUGUAAUAACAAAAGUGGAUAUUGGAAUGAGGACAUGUUGGUUAGGCUGAUGACAGGGACAUGGCCUCCUCAACACUUUUACGCGUUUGUUUUUGUUAGUGAUAUUUCAAAUCCUUGAAUCUGAUGAAGUUCUGAUGAGUGUUGAUGUGUCAGAAAGUCUUCUUUCAAGCUAUUUCUAAAACUGUCUAAAAUAAUUUUUCAAAAUGGGCCAGUUAGAAGACGACAACCUCAACACUUUCUCAAUAAACAGCUAUAUAAUUAUAUAAACUGUGGCACUAGCCAGAAUUUUUCAUCGCCUCAGCUAUGUAGCUCUGGAGCUACGGCAGAGGUGAUUCAUCUGUGAAGUUAGAAACAGAAUGUCACAGCGAGCUAAAAGGCAAUUAAGUAGAGUUGACGAUGCACCAGUGCCGACGAAGAGGCGGAAGGGGCGUCCCCAGGCGGUGGCGGAGGAAGAGGAGACGUCCCCCGUGGAUCCGGGAUGGAAUCGCCCAGCCAACGACCUCAAAAUCAAUUCCAUCUACAACCGCAACACCACUGAGGCUCCGGCUGAGUUGUUUCGCAAAGAUCUGAUCAGCGCGAUGAAACUGCCCGACUCGGAGCCACUAGCAGCCGACGAGUACUGGGUGAUCACCGACCAGUGGAAGCAGGAGUGGGAGCGGGGUGUCCAGGUGCCUGUCAACCCCGACUCCCUCCCCGGCCCAUCAGUCACCACCCUCAACCACCAGCACACGUCCACGCCCGAUUUCAAACUACCGAAAUCGAAAUACAUUCGCAUCACAAAAGAUGAUUCCUUCAAACCAGAGGAUCAUUAUCUAUCGAACAUGCCUAGUAAAUCUGAAAAGGCGUGUUCGUACGACCUGGAUGACGUGGAUAUCGCCUGGUUGAAUAUUCUCAAUGGGGAGAGAGCUUCUAUGGGUCUCCCACCAGUGAGAGAGGACCAACUGGAGCGGUUGAUGGAGGAACUUGAGGUCAGGUGCUGGGAUAAAGUACAAACUAUUGUUAAAGCUGAAGAGGGCCUUGGCAUCGAGUUCGAUGAGAAUGUAGUCUGUGAUGUUUGCAGAUCGCCGGACUCGGAGGAGGGCAACGAAAUGGUGUUCUGCGACUGCUGCAACAUCUGCGUGCACCAGGCGUGCUACGGCAUCACCGCCAUUCCGGCCGGCUCGUGGCUGUGUCGCACAUGCGCACUCGGCCUGCGGCCCGAAUGCGUGCUCUGUCCGAACAAGGGUGGCGCCAUGAAGUGCACCCGGUCCGGCCACAAGUGGGCGCACGUGUCAUGCGCACUCUGGAUCCCAGAGGUCAGCAUCGGCUGUGUCGAGCGCAUGGAGCCCAUCACUAAGAUAUCCAAUAUACCUGUGAGUACAUCUUCAUUCAUUAGUGUAUCGAUUAGUUUGAUUAUUCUACAGGUGAUCUUCAUUGUAUCACAAGCGUCACAGCAACAGUCGUACUGUCAGAAGCACAGCGUCACUAGCAAAAAGGAGAAGACUGGUUCGGGGUCGGAGGACGAUGACUGUCGGAGGCGGAAGCGGAAAGACAUGACCUCCGAGGAGAAGAACCAGGCCAGAGCUGCCAAACUGCAGGAGAUCGAGAGCGAGUUCGAGAAGCACGUGAGCGCGGGCGAGGUGGGUGGCCGACUGGUGGAGGUGGACGCGGAGGCGACGCUGGCCGUCUACCAUUACUGGGUGCUGAAGCGGCGCGCGCAACACAACAAGCCCCUCCUGGCCCCGCGCUCCGAGGACGUCGACAUCCUCACCCGGCAGCAGGAGGCCGCCGACCUAGAGAAGAUGCGCAUGUUUGUGCAGCUCAGGCAGGAUCUCGAGCGCGUGCGUAACCUGUGCUACAUGGUCAGUAGGAGGGAGAAGCUGUCGCGGACGUUCUUCAGAACGCGUGAGCAGACUUUCCACAAGCAAGUGGCUGUUCUUGGUGACUCUAGCUUAAGUUUAAGUAGUGCAGAAAUAACUGCAGUCAGGGAUGCCAACCACGGACCAUCCAUCUACGAUCGCCUCUAUUCAGAUCCUGCUGCCCCCGAGCUCAGUACGGACUUUGAGACCGUGUUGACACGAAUAGCAGGCAUCUGCUCGCCAAAGCCUGAGGAACGGGGCAGACACGAGCUGAAUGGCCUGGUGCGAUCUAAGAAGACUGAAAACCCCUACAAACGAAUGUACAUCAACGGUGGCAUGGUUAGGCGGCGUAGUGUUUUCGGAAGUUUAUCGAGUGGUAGUGAUACCGAUGUUGUCAAGUCUUCUAUGAGGCUUGACGUGGAAAGUGCAAUAUCGAGUACGGACGACAAGAUCGCGAAGCCAAAGGGCAGGCCCCGUGCUAACACAACCGCAGUCAAGGAGAAGCGAUUCAUCAAGAAACGGGUGCUUUCUCAGCCGACUGUCGAAACAUCGACUGAGGACGAAGAGGAUCGCGGCGGCCAAUCGUCCAAAAAUAGCAGGCGAUCUACGCGCGGCCGCACCCUACGCCAAAUGGAGAAGGAGCUCUCCGAGAAGUCAGGAGGUACCGAUGAGAGCGACGAUCUACUAGCCUUUAAAAAUCUCAAGAAGAAGGAGCCUCAGAAAGUGAACGCUAUCUAUUCGGAUAGUGAGUCGGACGUGUCCAUCAAGGAAGAGGAGAGUGGCCAGAGUGACUCGCAACAUCCCACAGUGCGGACAAAAGCAGCUGUCAAAGAGUUUUCGGCCGGACAACUGAACAAAGCCAAACGGAAAGCAGCUGCUGCUGCCGCCAGCUUGAAGGCAGCUGUCAAGAGUGAAAAACUAAGUGAUAAAGAGAAGGCUGAAAGUUCACAAGAGGAAGCUGUACGUGACAAGGAUAAGAGCCGAGGUGCGUCUAGAAAGAAGGACAAAGACAAGGAUGCUGUACCUGCGGAACUGUUUGUGCCCCAGAGACAGGCAGCCAAGAAGGCCUCUGAAAGCAUACGUGGAGGUGGUGGCACUGCUCACGCCAAGGCUGUCAAAGUUGAAGGUGCUUCUGAACCAGAUACUAAAGCAUCACCACCAUCGACUGAAGAAAAACUGAAAACAGCCAAACAAAAGACCAAAGAGGCCAGAGAAAAGCCGGCGCGUGACGGCAAAAUCUCAAAUGAAAUUAGUGAUUUGGAUAAAGAUCGCGAAGCAGCAGAACUACUGGCAUUUGUUCCUCAAAGGCAGGCUGCUAAAAAGGCGCAAGAACAACUGAAGAAUGUCAUGAAUAAACCACCAACAACCGCAGAAAAUGAAGCAGAUCCUAAUAAAGCGAAGAAUUCCAGUAGUUUGCCUGAGCCCUCAAAAAUAAAGAGAGACCCUGAGAGUCCUGUCAAAAUCAAAAAGGAACCUGAAAAUGAUAAGCUGCAAAAGGUUGCGAAAUCAAUCGAGCCUGGCACACAAUCUAGAAGAUCUACAAAGUCAUCAGCCUCUGCUACAUCGUCUUCUUCAUCUAGUGAUUCGUCAGGAUCAACAUCCACAUCGUCUAGCACGGAUAGUGAUAGCACUGAUGAAGGCAAACCACCACCUGACAAGAAGAGUGUAUUCGAUCCUCCCUCUCCCUCUCCCCGGCCACGGGCUGUUGGACGUGAAUCACCUGAUAAGAAGCUGAAACCAGUUGCUGCCGCUGUUGCUGCUCAGAAGAUUAAAAAGUCGGAUGAAAAGAUCUCUCAAAGUUCGUCUUCCACAUCAUCCAGCUCGACAUCGGAGAAUGAAGAUCUUCCGCGAAAGACAAGGCCGCAACCUGCAAGCCGCAAGACUGCCGAAUCGUGUCGACUGAAAUCUCCCGACUUGAAAUCAGAACCAAUCAAGAAGGAGAGUUCCUACUCUAAAAUGGUGGCUGCUAAGAAACUCAGAAAGACGCCCGAUAAGAAGCUUAAAACUUCCGAUGGGCGGCCUGAACCCGACUUUCAGCAGCCGCCUAUUGAAAGAGAGGAAUCGCUCCGACCAUCAUCCACCGGCCAGCAGCAAAGCGACCGUCGCGGUCGCGCCAAUGCAGCCGCAGCGACAGCAGCCGAUCGACUUGGAUCUUCUGCUCAUCAGCAGGCUGCGUCACCCUCAUCCAGUCCCAAGCACCGCGGUCGCUCAAGAACUCCAAAGGACAAUGAGGUCAGCAUCCAAACCAGGCAACAGUCUUCUUCCCCUAAAAAGGAGCAGAACAAGUAUGAAGCCAGGAAGAGAAAAUGUAAUGAGCCAGACAAAACUACCCCACUAUCAAACAGAGCCAACACGCCAAGAUCCAAGAGUCCUACGAGAGAAGACAGCUACAAAGAGAAAAAAUCUGAACGUUCUCCAGCUGCGAGCAGGAAAACUGAUAAGAAGGUAGACAAGUCUGUUGACAUUAAAAAGUCGUCUCCUGCCAAGCACACACCUGAACGGGAGUCUCUCACUAGUAAAUUGGAAAGAGAAAUAGCUGAAAGAAAGGCGGAGAGGGAAACACCAAACAAAGCAUCUUCUAGGAAAUCUCUCGAUAAAUUAUUUGAAAAGAGAGACAGAUUGUUCCAAAAUAAAAACUGUACAGAUACCUCAUCAGAUAAUAAAAGCAUUGUAGAAAAUGAAAUAGAUUCUAAAAAGCACAAUCAAUCAAUCCACAAUACUUCACAAAAAUCCAAACAGACUGCUUCCGUUGAAAGUAGUAAAGACAAAUUCAAAACUCUUAGUGAUAUUGUCGAUGACUCAGACAGAGUACAUUCAUCUGACUUGAAAAAAUCAAAAGAUAAACCCUCCAAUAAUAUAUUAUCUUCAAAACUGAAUCUUGAUCCUAGUCAUAAAGAAGAUGAGUGUUUGUCAAAUAAACAGAGUCAGAGACACUCUCCGAGCAAACAGUUCACUGAAGACAACAACAAAAGAGUUAAAUUGUCUCAGAGGUCAGAAAAGAUUGAUGAAGAGGCCAAAGAUCAAAAGCCUUUAUCAUUUUCAAAAGAUCUGUCAGUUGAAGAGCUUGAUAAAAAGCUUGAUCAUCACAAAUUAGAAGCUCAUCAACCAAACAACAUUGCGAAUAAGGAUUCUUCACAUCACAUCAGUGAGACGAAUCUCCCCACUCUUUCCCCUCUGCCUUCUCACGAUGAACACAAUGAUCACUUCAAGCAUAAAUCUUUAGAAACGAACUCUGAUAGAAAAGAGAACAUUCCUCUCGUGGCUUAUAAUAGUCUUGAAAGGGAUGCUGAAUUGAAAAAAGCAUCGAGAGCGUCUCUUCCUUUGACAACCUGCCAGCAACGGUCAAUAUUUUCGCCUCCACCUGCUCCUCCAAAAGAGAAUAAUGAAUCUGAACUAUUUGACUUUGAGAAUGACAUUCUGUCAGUCGAUGACUCUGUAAAUGAAGAUGGUUUUCAAAUGUCUAAAGACUCUGAAGAAAUGAGAUCUCAUCCUCUAACAUUUUCUUUUGGCAACGAUUUUCCAUUAUUCAAAGAAGAUUCAAAAGAAGAUAGUGCUAGGGAAACUCUGAAUCUGGUUGAAAAACUACGAUUGGAAUAUGCAAAGAAGAACACAAAUCCAUCCGAUGAAACUUCCAACCCUACUGAAGAACUUGCAGGUGAAGAUGAAUCGAGUUUGCCAACUGAAUCCGAUUCUAAAACAGAAGUUUGUGAAGAGCUGCCUGAAAAGGAGAAUAAAUCCGUUGAAAGUGCAGAGAUUGAUGUGGUGGAGCAAAAACCGAUUGAAGAACACCACCCCCACCCACUACCGCAAACUCCGCAAAUGCCUCCCACUGAAUCACUACCACAUCCGAAUGUUCAGGAUAUAAUGUUACUCCAACAACAACAACAGCAGCAACAGCCACAACAACACCUACAUCACCAUAUGUCUCAACUCGACCCAAUAAUGAUGAAUCAACAUGUUCCACCGGUAUCUCAACCGGUUUCUCUUGCUCCGCCUCCUCAGAUCGACACCAAGUCGAUGAUGAACAGUCAAGUGGAAGAUUGUCCAAUCGGUGUAAUCAAACCAAUGCUGAUGGAAGAGAGCAACCUCGUACUGUCCGAACAUAAUAUGCUAGCACACAACGAUGCCAGUAAGCAGCAGGGGCCACAGCUGCAUGAGAAUGCUGCAUACAUGUAUCCACAGUGCACCAUGGACAAGGGUGCAGUGGUGGGUAGGGAUAACAUGGACCACAGCAGCGGUGCACAGGCCGAUGAGCGGUGGGUGCCUCCCAGUUCGCACUCGCACCACUACGAGGUGCCUCCCUCACCCUACACCCAGAUGCAGGAGCGCAACAAGUGGGCCGACAGUGAGGUGAUGCCGUCGCGACGCUCCACCUCCUCAUCAGCCUCCUCCACCUCUUCAUCCUGCAAUCAGGACAUCGAAACCAAGCCUGACGACAUGGUACUUCUCCCUCCGCCUCCACCCUUGAUGCCCCCCGACAUGGUGCAAUACCCUGGCAUGCAUCCGAAUAUGCCCUACCCAUCUUGUGGCAUGCCAGACACAGGGCCCUAUGGUGUCUACUCGGAAGCAACACCAUUUGUUCCACCGGUGCUGUACACGACAGGGCAGUGCGCACAGAUGCCCUACCCCUCGCCGGGCGGCUCACUGUACCCAGGAGGGCCGUUCUCGGCUCCCUUCCCUCCAACACUCAUGAAGCCGGCUGACCACAUGCCUCCCCAGUGCACGGCAGCAUUCACCACUUCCUCAGCAAAUAUGGCGCUAACAGCGGCCAUGGUCUCUCCCAACCCAGUGCUCAGACAAGACCAGCCGAUGACUCCAGCCUCUUGUGCGCACACCCUGCCCUCCGAAUCCCCCAUCACUGUUGACGAUUCGUACGUCCAGCAGCGAAUGCAGAGCUCCACCCCAUCAACCACUCUCUCAACAAUUGAUCAAACAGCUGUGGAACAAACGUUUCAACCAACACCUCUCGAAGCAGAGAUGCCGUCUCCCUCCCCCACAUCUAAGCAAUCGACUCCCACCGCUGGCGGCAAGAAAUCGCCCACUAAACCGACUCGCACUUCGGCUCGAUUUUUGUCUCAACAGAAGUCUCCAGCUAAGUCAGACAAGUCACCACGCCAAGCUGAAUCAACCGGGAAAACAGCAUCGAAGGGUAAAGAGGGAGGAGGAGCGAAACGAGGACCGAAGCCAGGAAGUGGAAGGGGGUCGGGCCAGACGCGUGGCAGAGGGAGGGGUCGUGGGCGGGGGAGGGGCCAGGCCCACCUCCACCACCAUCCCAUGUACAUGGACGAUACCAUUCAGAGCAAACUUGUCGGUACUGUCUAUGAUCUAGAUUUCGACGAUGACAACGACCGUGUAGAAAAUCUUAAAUCAAUGCGAGAACGCAGGCGCUCAACAGACGUUCAUGAACGCAAAUCCAGUGACGCUUCAUACUUAUCUCGUGACUCGUCUCAAUCUCCAAAGUUCCAGGUAACCAGCUUAGAACAUGGUGUGAAAAUAAAAUCAGGAGACAUCAGAGAUUUGAGGCCGCCUACACCGGUUGAAGAAUCAAUAUGCACGACGGAUAAUAGGUAUGACAGCCAAGCGAGAAACGAAACCUUCCCAGAUGUGGCUGGACCACUGCUGCCUGGGCCUGUCGAUAUGAGGACGUACAGCUCCUAUGAUCCGGCAGCCGCGUCAUCUGCCUACAGGGAUGAUCUGAUCGGCACCUUCACAUCCACACCGGCCGAGCAUCCAGUCGCUGACAUGGUCGAGGCCAUCGACAAAGAAGUAUGCGCCGAUCCAGUCAGCCAAAUAGACAAGGAAAUACAAUCAUUGACACAGCAGAAGAGUAAAGUACCUGAGCCAGAGAUAGUGAAGCAGAAGGAAGAGCCAGAGCCGUGCGAAGCAGUGGUUGACGAGGGCUGUGCAUCAAUCGAUAAGGUGUCUCUGUUGGAUUCGAGGAACCAGCUCAAAGUGAAGAUCAAAGGGCCGUUCCUGGAUGCGAACUAUGUGGCUUCGGCCCCGGCAGUGCAAGUGCCGCCUCCGCUGCCUGCAGUGGUGAGUGUGGUGGCGGGGGUGGGGGCUGGAUCGGGCACGUCCAACCUGCGUCGCAUGCGGAAGAAGGAGCUGCUGCGGCAGUACUGGAACCAGGACAUGAACAUGGAGGUUAGCAGCACCGCGGCGGCCGAGCCCAGCUCAGCGCAGCCGCCCAUCAGUCGCACCGUCAUCACUAUCCCCAAGGCGGUCGCCUCCAUGACCAGCAUCCCCACCCGCGAGGACUACAAGGCCGUUGUCGACGCCAACAUGGAGAAGAAGAGGCGCAAAGACAAGGUCGUCAACGACUCGCAUCACGACAUGGCUGACAACGAUGACCAACGAUGUCGCAACGGCAACACAGAUGCGAGCAAGCCGGCCAAGGGGCGCCGUGGACGACUACCGAGGGCCGCACAGACCCCGACUGCACCCAAACUCAAGAUCAAGAUCGGCGGCGACGAAGUGCAGCCAAGUGUGGUUCCGCCUCCGCUGCCGCCCCCGGCUUCAGCCGCCCCCGACGAGCGGCGCAUUGUGCGUGUCAAGCCGCCCAAGAAACGACUCAGCACCAAUGCCUCGUCGCUCGAGGAGCUGAAGCGCGAGAGCAUGAAGUUCCGCAAAAUGGUGAUGCAGAAUUUCAACGAUGAAGAGGAGCAUCGCCAGCCGGCCCCCGACACCUCUCCUGUGCCGCCCCCUACCUCCAAGGCCGACGGCAGCAAGAAGCGCAAGAGCAAGCAGAAACGUGUGGAGGCGGCCAUUGUGAACGACAGUCAUGGUGCAGACGCCGUCGCUGUCAUAGGUGGAGGCGGAAACACCAAGCUCAUUAUCCGAUUCGGCAAGCGCACUGACACAUCAACACCUACGCCCCCUGCCCCUGCCCCUGCCCCUGAUCCGCCUCCACCCGAGCCAGGCCCCCCCGCCACCGCGCCCACUGACAGUGCACCCCCCAGUGACAGUGCAAGUGCUGUGUCUAGCUUACGCCAAGUACGGACGUCAAAAACGUUUCCCAUUAGGCUAAAACUGUCGCGCUGCGAGGAGGGUUAUGUCAUGAAAGAUCCCUCCUCCUCCUCCGCCGCCAACACCUCCUCCCCUCCUCCACCCUUGGCACCGCCCCCUCCAAGCCCCCCGCCCCUGGCCAAGGACUGCGAGGUCAGGUGAUGACAGUGCCAAGUCUAUUAGCGAAACGUACCUUUCUAGAUCUAUUAGUAUCAUUAUUAUUAUUCGACUAUACAAUUACCUAGUUUGUUGUUGUUAGCAUUAAAUGGCCGGCCUCUGGCAGUAGCCGCGCUUAUUGUUCUAAACAUAGUAACGAUCCAUUGUUUGUCUUCACAAAGUGAUGAAUUUAUUUAGAAUGAGGUAAGCUCAAAGCAAGUCCUCCCACCUGUACAAAGUAAACUUGACUAUCUUAUACUGAUUGAUUCAUUGACGUGAUAAAAGAUGUUCUAUUAAUUAUUAUUUUUUAUUUGUUGAAAUAUUUAUAUGAGAAUUUUUAAAAAGCUAGCAACAUUUUAAAAUAUUGAUAAUAUUGUCAUACGAUGAUCAUUAUAAAUUAUUAUUGAGUUAAAUAGUCCUUCCCUAUUGGCGACUACAGUUGUCAUCUAGCGUGUUGUAUUGUACAUUUGCACAGUGUAAUGAUUAUAUGAAUAAUUUAAUAGUAAUAAUUAAUAAUUGAAUCUAGGGCGGCAGCAGUGCGAUGCAAAAAGUAAUGUACAAAAGUCAAUUAACUAAUAUCGUAUGAAUAAUUCGAGACAUAUUUUUGUACAUAGUGUAUGUUUGUUACUGUAUGUAAUCUGUGUAUGUAACUGUUUGUAAUUGUGUAAAAAUUUUAAACAUAUGUAACUACUAUUUAUUUUCUAAUUUUGUAAGACAUCACUAGAUUUUAUUUGUAAGGAUAAUUAUUUAUAUUAGUUAUACUUUUUAAACUACUCAACCUCGUAAUACUAAACGGAGAUAUUAAAAAUUAUUCUCGUUUGAUAUUAGUAUUUCGCUACAUCAUUUAAUUAGGCUUGUUGGUGCAGUCGAAUAAUGUCAGAUCUCAAUAAAUUUAGCAAUAUUAAAUUAUCUAUUUGGAAAAAAUAUGAACGAACCCAAAUUCAAGUUGAAUUGCAAGAAUUUUCAUUGACAGAUAUUCUUAACUCAUGAUUGAUAUUGAAGAUAUUGAAAUUUUUAAUUUAAAUCCCAAAUUUUUAUCAGGAAAUUUAUUAUAAAUUAUUCCUCCAUUCAUUUAUCUACAUUCACUCCUAUUAGAAACUGCAAAAGGUGUUUGCUGGUAAAAGAAAAACGAACUCCGUCAUAUUGAAUUAAAUUCUAUAUGUUUCAUAUGAAUUCUAAUUCCAUUCAAAAUUAUGAUUUAUAUGAUGUUAUGACAAGCAAAUAAAUUUGCAGUAUCGAGUACUUUUAAAUGUAUAACCAAACCCAGUUAAAAAAGUUUCUUGUGGUUAAAUUCACUGAUGUUCGUUCCUUUGUCUUUGUAAUGGAGAAUCUCAAAACAAAAAUCCAUUCCUUCAAUUGAAAUAAAAAUGUUUCAUGUUCAAAAUGUUAUAUAGAUUUUAAUAUUUCAUUGAUAAAGUUUUUUACUACUCUGUAUCCUCCAUCAUCCACAUAUACGAGCUUCUAGCUCUAUCGUUUCAAUUCAAUAAGUGCGUAAGAAAUCAUGCCCGAUAUUUUUACUACUUGUACCUAACUCUUUCGCUCCUAAUAAAUGAUUUCUUCUUAAAACUAGAAAAAGGUUAUGUGUCUCCAUUCGAUGUAAUUUAUUUCAAAUCUGUAACAUUUCUUCGAGAAGAAUGAAAUCGAAUGAACUUAGAGAAAUUAAAUUUACUUAACUAUGGAUUAAAUUGCAGGUAUUUACUCUUUUCAAGUAAUCAUGUAGUUGAUGUAAUUCAUUGAUUCAUAUUAUUUGUUUGAGUUCUCCAUUCAAUAUUUUUCUGUAUCAGUAUAUUAUUACUAGUGGGUCCAACUAUGAUAAGUAGAUAGAAAAUUUCGUCCUGCUUUGUGCAAUAGCUUGCUUUCUAACAAUAUUUCUCAUUUUGCACACAUUCACCCAAUAUUAAAGUGCCAAACCAUAUUCUUAGUUGGAACAUUUUAAAUGUACUUUAACUUAAUCAUUUGUACUUGAGAAGAAGACCUAAUUAUAUACUAUUAAAAUUCUAAUUCAUUGAGUGAUUGGAAUCAUAACGAACUUUUAAUUCAAACAACCAUAAUUGUUAUGGUAAUUUGUGAAGUAGUUUCUACUAUUUUAAUUUAAUUUUUAUUGUAGCCAGACGCUUCAAUUUCUGUCAAAUUAUCUGUCGUAAAAUUAUGAAAUUGGGUUCAACUUGAAGCUAGGAAUUUGAUGAACAAAUUUCAAUAAAAUAACUGUAUCGUAUGUAGUGCACAACGAAUCAAUUUUUAUUGAAUUAUUGUGUGGAACCAUGAAAUUAUAAUGUUCAUAGGUUAUCAGGGUUUCAACUGCACUAAUUUAUGAGUAGCAUUUCCCUCUAGAUAAUUUCCCAGUUCAAUUCUUUAGUUUUUCUUUUAAUCAUUUAUCAUUCUCAUUGAAAUCUAAUAAAUAAUGCAUCACUUUUAAUAAAUUUAAAAAUUUUUAAACAAUUUCCAAUUACAAUGUAAUAAUUUUAUUGAAAACGACUACAUCACGUUAUAUCAAUUUUUUUUAUCUUUUCAAGUUUGAAAUUGAAAUUAACAUAUAUCUUUUGAGAGAUGAUAUUACUUUGAUUUCGUGCGCUUUAAAUUACUUGAUACACACAAUCAUCAAUCAAAAUUUAUUUCAACUUGUUAACAUACUGUUCUACUUUGUUUAUUGUUUGGUAUGCAUUUAAAAAGUACAGUCACCUCUUGGAAUACCAUUCCCUAUGAAAUUUCAACGCUGUUUACUUGGUCCAUAAGAGGUUGAACAGUAGCCUACGAGAGAUUAUUUAAAAAUUAAUUAAUUGUAAAGAAUCUCUCAGACUACGGUUGAAGCUCAAUUUUUCUUUAUUAAUUCAUGUGUCGAUCUAGUUUGGACAAAGUGAAAAGCGUUACCAGUUCGUUUGGAUUGACAUUCCUAUAUUCUGAAGAAUAAAACAAGUUGAGACUUGAACCAAAUAUCCGUACUGCCAAAUUUUAAACUUUCAUGCAAGGCCAUAGGACUGGAUGUAAUCAAUUUGACAACUCAGUCAAUGAAGAGUUGCCAUUACCUUCUGUAUUGAAUGUAUCCAGUAAAUGUUGGCUUGCAUUAAAAGAUUGUAAUAUUGCACAAUCUGGCAACACUGAUAUUUUGUCCAAGUUUAAUAUAGUUUUAUUCAGAGUAUCAUAGGGUCGAUUGAAUAAAAACUAGAAUCAAGUGACUAGCAACUAGUCAUUUGUCACUAAUUCGUAGCUAGAACUUCUAGCCGUACACAUAAUACUGUACAGCUGACUCGAAUCUUAGCAUUUGAUUGAAAAUAACUUAGAACUCUAUUGCUAGUUUCUAUUCAAUCGACCUAAUGUAGACAACAUCACAAUAUUCCAGUUUUUGGGUUUUGAUAACAAAUUAUAUUAUUCACUAUGGAAAAAAUUAACACUUCUGUUCAGUAAUUCGUUCAAAAAUGCAUUACUAAUUUUCACUCCUUCCAUUAUUCAGUUUUGUAUACGUAUAAAUCACUGUAAGAGCAAAUCAAACAAGAUUAAAAUAUCAUCUUUCAAGGAUAUGAUUCAAUUAUUUAUUUUUAAUACCUAGCUUAUUUGCCAAUUUAACACUUAUACAAUGUUAUAAGGCUUUUGUUUUAACUCUACAGAGUCAGUGUACUAUCUUCUCGAAUAUAUUAGUGUUUCUUGCCAAUAUAACUAUUAUAUCCAUUUUCGAUUUAGAGAAAGUGUUUCUUAUGUUUGUAACACCAACUUACUCCAUUUUCUCUUCGAAUUAAUUUCGUUCUAUGAAUAAAAUCUGCAUCUCAAUAUCUGUUUAAUAUAUCUGAGAUAGAGUUAUAAGGAAUUGAAUGGUAGUAAAAAAUAGCUUUAGAUAAUAGUUGAUAAGAUGAUUUAUUCUAGUUUUAGUAUUUUCAAAUUGUUUUCUCACAAAGCAAACACUUUCAAUUCAAGCAUUCAACCCCUAAGUUAGAAAAUAUCGUUAACCCUUUUAGAUAUUUUUCAUCUUGUCAAACCUCAAGCAUGAAUUUCUCACAGCUUUUGUCAAUAAUAUAUUUUUUCAAUUCAAUUCAGUGUAAAGAAAAAACAAUGUAUAAAACUUGAAAGUCAUUCGCAAUACCUUUUUUUUCUAUAAAAAGUUGUGUGUUAUUGAUUAAUACACUACACAGAUCUGUCACAUCUUAAAAUGUCAGGACAUCAUUAUUAAGACGCUUCAGUAGUCAUAUUUCAUCUUCUGAUUAUUUGACAGGAUUUCAAAAAUAUGUUUAGCCAUCGGUUUAAGAGUAAGAUUACUAAAAAUAUUGUAUGAGUUUGAACCGAAGUGUGUAUUAAUACUAUGGUUAUUUAACGUUCAAGAUUACUAUUUUGUGAUUCAUGUUUAUUUUUUUUAGUAUGCUUCCUUUUUAGUUUCAAGAGUUUUAUCAAACUUUGAAUAAAUCCCAUGCUGUUGAAAACUAUUGCAAUGAUUCAUAUUUUACUGAAAUAACAAUCUGAUAUCUAUUGUUUUUAAUAUUAUUUAUUAAUGAAUUCUUUUUUUUUAAUUUUUAAAAUCCAGUGUAAAAUUGUUGUUUAUAAUUUUGUUGAAUUAUAAUAUUCUCUUCGAUAUUGAGUGGUUUGUUCAAAUUCAAUUUGACAACACAAGUAUUUUCUUUAAUUUUUGUAGUGUGCUCAAUGUUAUUAUAUAGAUGUCUUUCAAUUUUUUAUUUCAAAAUAUAUGUUUAUAUUUUUAUUUACGAUUUUGUUUAUUAUUUCCUUUCCAGUUGAGAUCCAAAAAUUGAGAUUUGUAGACUUUUACCAAAUUGAUUCAACUAUUGAUUUUUUACUUGAAAAAUAAAAAUCAUUUUCAAGCUCUUUGAUAAUCAUUACCUAAGUUUUUAAAUUCAAUAUAAUAACAAAAUCUCUGGGAGAAAUUUAAUUCAAAGUUGAGAAGAGAAAAUAACCAAAAAAUUUGUUCUUCAAUAUUUAGUCGUAGAAAUAUUUAAAUCACUUGAUAUUUUUUUUAAUUAUUGAAUUUUAUUAAUCUCGAUUCAUCGCAAAAUAAUGGAAAUUAAUAAACUAACACAAAUUAUCUGUGUAUUGGUGCACAUUUCAGUUUUACAUCGUUAUUUUAAUUUAUAACAGCCAUUUAUUCAGCUAAGAGGUUUAUUAUUUUUGCUCUAAUUAUUCUUGGAUCUUGUUCUUUCAUUUUCUUUAUGUGUCUCAGGCUCUCAUUAAACAAGAGUUUAAAUGGUCACUAUAAAUAGGAAACUAAUAUUAAUGAGGAAUAAUGAAGCUGUAACAAAGGAAAUUAAGUAAAGUAAUUAAAAACUUGCAAGAACUGUUAAAUUUAUUUCUGAAUGGAAACAUCCAACUACUUGAAAUACUUGAAAAGUUAUGGUUAAAGCUGGUAAAUGGAAUUUGUAAAGAUCAUAUAGAUAUUUUCAUCCUUUGAGUAUUUAUCAGAUGUAUAUCAAAAUAUCUGUGUUUAUAUAAAUUCAUGCUUGAUAUGGGUUAACACAUCCUAUAUAUAUUAUUAAUUAUUAAAUAAAGAGAGUUAUUCUUCAAUAAUUUGAUAUUAUUUUAAAAUUCUAAACAUUUUUUUUUGUAAACUGUUUUCAGUUAGAAACUAGCAUCCAGUCCAUCUCGAAUACUAGCAGCAACUAGUGAACCAAUGAUCUCAUACAAUGUUCACAUUUUACUUAUCAGUAAAGUGGUUGUUUAGUUGUGCUUGUUCAUACUCUAAUUCACAUUAGUUUUUCACCCGUUUACUAAGUAUUGUUUGACUUGAAUUUUUCUAUUUUUUACAAGUUCAAUUUUCUUGAUAUUAUUAUUGUAUGUACAGAAGGUGAUAACAAUCAGUAAUUAAGUAUAAAAUUAAAUUUUAUCUCAAUUCAUCUAAAUUAUUUAUUGAACUCUGAAUAAUUUAAAAAUGUUAUGGACUAGUUGAAUAUUAUUAAUAGUUAAUUAUGACAAGUUUCACCGUCAGUGAAAGUAUGUUUAUGAAACUAUAUCUAUGUUUAUGAAAUAAUUAAAGUUGAUAUAUUUGAGGAAGCAAGGAAUGCUUUCUGGAUAAUUGUGGUAAUGCGUUUCAAAAAUUGUCCAAUAUCUCUUGAACAUUUUCUAGGUUGAAGCAUGCAUCAAAUAUUUAUUAUAAGAAAGGGUCAAAGUGUAUAAUAGCCCUUUGUUAUUUAUCUUGAAUCUGUAUGAAAAAAUGUAAAUUUAUCUGAAGAGUGAGAAAUUUAUACUAAUAUUUGUAUUAAUUUUUAGAUAUUAACGGUCAGUUAGAAUUAAGCUAGCUACGAAAUGAAGUUUUAGUGAACUCAAGCUGCAAUAAUCCUAGGUAAUUCAAUUGUAAAUAAAUCUUAGCUUGCUCAUUUUUGUCAAAAAAAUUGUAUAUAAUUAUAUAUUAUUGGAACAUACUUUGCUCUGACUAGGCCACUUGUUAGCAAGUUCUUCCCUUAUUGUGUAAUAUUAAUUUAUAUGAUAUUAUCUAUUUAUUGUAAAUAUUCCUAGAUAAUCCGAUAAUAUAAUAAAAUGAGAGCGAUUAAAAAAUAUGCACAAUUUAAAUUUCAGAUCGCUCAUUUUUGUAAUUGAUAAUGCCAUAAAUAAAUUUGAAAUGAUAAUAUUGUAAUUCUACAAACUUAUUUCAGUUUUAUCACAUUAUUUAUUUUCUCGUUUAGCUUUAAUUUGUUAUUUUUGUAGUAGGAAUAAUUUAAAUAAAUUAUUUACUUUAACAGACUAUGAAUCGCGAGACCUGUAUAGUUAUUGAAAAUAAUUAUUGUUUUGUACAGUAAUUAUUAUAUUGUUUGGUAUUUUAUUUUUUUAAUGACAUUAACCCCCAAGUUGUAAUAUUCUAUUCUUGCGUAUUAUCAUAAUUUUUAAUUAUAAAACUAUAAAUAUUAUAAUUAUGAAGAAAAGUUUUAUGUAAAUAGUGUCAAAUCUAUGCCGGUCUUGUAAGAUAUGGUGUUUUAAUGUGCACAUAGUCCGUAAUAUAAAAACGUUUUCUAGUAAAAA